AUGACUCGACGCGUCGCAACUUUCCUCGAGAUACUCAAGAUCUCUCCCUGGAUCGCAGGAUAUGUGCAAGAGCUACACCUCUGGGUCUCUAACACCGAAGGCGAGGCUUACGGGGAGGAUAUAGGAUUCUUGCGUGUAAUGAGCCUCCUCACAGAAGCACGCACGGGGAGUGGUCUACAACGACUCACACUCCGUGGUGCCUACUACGGGCUGGCCUUCAAGGACAGUCUUGCACUUGUCAAAAAUCUUCUCCGGCCCUACAUCUCGCCUUUCAUCACUUCACUCUGCAUUACUAGGUUGAAGAACAUCCCUAUAGCGUUCGUUGCAGAAUGCACUCAUCUGGAGUCUCUGAGCCUCCAUGACCUGCAAUCAACUAUGGACGAGGACCUCAGUUUGUCGCAUCCACCGAAUGCACGACCACCUUCCAUCAAGACAUUGGAAGUUAUUAAUUCUGACCAAUUUCUGAAAGCUCUUUUGGCAGGUCAAGCUUCUGCUUGCGCACCAUGCAUCGAUUCUUCACAGCUGCGAAGAAUCACAUCGAAGCCGGCAUCUCGCAGUGACUUUCAGGAAAGCAUCCAGGCAAUAAUCAACGAGGCAGGAAAUUCGUUGGAGGAGAUGGAGUUUACUCCCAAACAUGGUCACUGUAAUGAAUUGGUUUAUGUGCCCUUACACAACCUCUUUGAUUUCUCCAAUAGUGCUGGCCUCAAGAACCUUACAAUCGAUGUCAAGGUCGGAAGUCCAGAGGAAGUAGACCCUAUCGCGGGCCUCGUCACCAUCCUGAAAACCAUUCCCACCGACAACCGGGUUGCACGCAUGAAGUUCCGGCUCUAUCUGGGAUUCAACACCGUCUACCACCCUGACAGGUGUCUCGAGCUCAACUGGCGUUCGCUCGACUUGGAAAUUGCGAGAAUAUCGAGUGGAAGGCCGCUCCGUCUGCAGCUGGAGGUCUGGUACCAAGAGUUCAUCCGGGAGGAACAAACGGAAGACGAAGAUGGUGAGGCGCCCGCUGAGCCUAGUUCCGACGACGAGAAUUUAGAUAUUGAACGACCCGACUUCCAGUCCGGAAAUGAAUCAGUCGUGCGCGUGAAGCUUGAAGACUUGGGACGUGAACGGUGGUGGCCGAAAGGCGCGGACGGGUACACUCGAGAGAAGCUGAUGCGCAGGAUUAUGUGCGACGGCCCAAACCUGCUCCCGAUGGUGCUUUCUAUCGCGAUUUGUCUCGUCACGGAGAUCUACUCGGCCACUGCCAUACGCGCAUCUGCGAUACCGAGAUGGCAGACCCAACACUGUCGCGUUCGCCUCUCUAUGCGGUGCCUCCCCAUCUCGGACUUUGGAAUCGUCAAAGGAACCCUCCCCGUCCCGGACGAAUUCAGGCUGGCAUACCACCACGAGUCGAAUGGGGCGCUUUUGUAUUGUAGCAAAGAAUGCCAGAAGUCCCACUGGAAAGUGCACAAGAAAGACUGCAAGAGCCCACUCAGCGAAAAGGCGUGGGUACCAGGAUGGACCACGGAGAAGAGGACCCCUGCGUUCGUCACGGACGACAAUGGUCCCAUGGUUACCCAGCAUGGGUUAAACAAGUUCCUCUGGGGCAACACCCCGGCGUUUGAUCACGUCCAGCUACUUCGGAACGAAGGCGAGAAGUGGGAUCAGCCUCUCGCGCUUUGUUUUGCUGCGUCAGGCGAUCUUCGAAAUGUUGUGACCUCGAUCAACUCCCUACCAGAGUCGUACCAACUACCCUGCAGCAUUGUCGUGAACGACUUCGAAACAUGCAUUGUUCUUCGCAACCUGCUUCUUCUGUUCACGUUCGUAUCCUUCCCACCUGACGAAGCUGCAGAAAUGGCGCUGCACCUCUGGUAUUCGCCCAAGCUUCCGUCGAAAAUGGUCGCGUGUCUCCGACCCAUCUUCAACGAGAAACUCGAGAAAAUCUUCACUCAUCUGGCGAAUCAUCCAUCGAGCCCUCCCGAAACCCUUCUAAAGGCCAAGUUCGAACUUACGGACAAGACGUCGGUCGUCGCAUUACUGCCAAAGUCGUUCUGGGUUGAGAUGAGGCAGAUCCUCGAUUCGAAGACAACCUCUCAACAAGCCGGUCAUCAUCGCCAUAUGGUUACUCUGUGCCCCGAACGCCGCGACUAUCGGGAUCGCAAUUUCUGCCUGUUGAAUCCUUACCAUCGAGUUGCAAAGGCAAAGUACUAUGAAGAUGGGUUGAUUGUUCCAUUCGGAGGCGUCGACAGGAGUUUGUUCGUCGAACCCAAUUUGUACGUUGGUCUCAACAUUGAUUUGUGGUACCAUUGGCUGAAGUGGCUACAUGCUAGCACGCUAUUUGAUCCUGUUCUUGGAUGGUGGAUGCAAAAUGAUUCGCAAGACCCUAUGACGUGUUGGCCUUACGACGAACUGCAAUCAAGUUCGAAAAAAUAUUCCCUUCCCUCAAAUGACAUUUAUGGAGCGCUCUACUUCCACCUUUUGGCGCAGUUCCGCCUAUUCGCCUCCAUGUUAGGAAAGAGAGAGCUUCACUUCACUCUCCUUGGCGAAGAUGCAAGGCGGAUUCCCACAACUCUCCCGAAGCUAUUGAAGAAUAUCAGCCCCCAGAAAUUUGAUCGUGUCGACGUCUCCAACACAUCUGACAUUUGCUACAUCGGAAUUGAAGGGACGCUCUCCAUCCUCGGCGAUCUAUUGAAGCCGUGCAAGCAGAAUCCGCACGCUACCCUCAUUACCCUCUUCUUGAACUAUGUCAUGGAAGCCUCCAUUCCCGUCGAGACACAAAGGCGGACCAUGAGACAGAACAUGAAGACGAUCGUCUCUUUGCUGAACGCAGAUGGGGAAGUUGGCCCACCCAAAAAUGAAUGCGACACCGCCACUAUGAAGAGUAUAACAUGGCAGAGGUACAUUGAAGACCGCCAGAAUCAAUGGAAGAAGUAUUCCGAAAUGUGUCGAUUUGAUGCUAUUUCGAGGCAGGUGGGCAUGAAGGAGAGGGUCGGCAGGACGAUCAUCGAGAAGAUGCCGUACUGCGUCAACAAGGACAAGAGAAUUAAUGACGUCUUAAAGGGCGUCAAACGUCUCUCCUUGACCGGACUAAAUGGACAUGAGUGCUACAUAGAGUGGAUGCGAACACGAUAA